GAUGUAAACAACACAGUGGCUAACGUUCUUUCCUGAGGCAGCGCUGUAAUCAAAUGCGAUGGACUGAGCGGAAACUGUACAUUUAUCCACUUGAUCUGCUCUUAGAUAUGUAAGAUGAUAUUUCAGGUACGGUCAAGCGAGGGUGUGGUAUUGCCUGUGGAGGUUUUUGCGCCGAAAACGUACACGGACCAGACUGGCCACCUUGGCUGAUUUUCCAAUGAGAAUUCCAAUGUGAUUGGUUCAGCUAUGGAACCAUUUGCGCGGGACAAGGGUGAAGGAACAAAGAAAGUAAUUGUAGCCAGUGACAGUGCUCGUAAUCACAGUCUUAGAGCAAGAUCAUCAAAGAGCUUAAGCUCUCAGAGGCACAAUAAAAACCGUGCAAAAACCUACAAUGGAUACCACAUUACUAACAGCAAUACAUGGCAGAGAGGCCCAGUAAAUCUAACAGCAGGAAAUGCCAGCAUGGAGAAAAUUCCUUUGGGACACUACAGAAGUGGAAACAACUCAAACAAUUUGUACCCUGGCAUACACCUUGAUCAUUCCAGUAACUUUUCAUCAAACUCUAGAAUUGCAAAGUUCAAUGCAACACUUUUUUCUUCAGCCUCUCAUCUUACAAAUGAAGGAUCUGAUAUCGAGGAAGCCAUGGAUAUUGAUCACCAGGAGAUGAAUGAUGAAGGUGUUGGCUUUGAAGGAAAUAGUACAUCUGUUUUACAAGAGGGAAUUAAUGCUUCCAGGCAGUUGGGAGCUCCAGUAGAAGAUCAACCUUUGGAACACAAGAUCAAAAUAGUUGUUGGUGAAUCUUCCUCUUCAGGUGAAAAAUCAAAGGAACCAAAGCAAGAAAUUCAGAUAGCAAAGCAGAAAAAAGAGGUAAAGGAACAGAAGCUGCAAACACUGAAAGCUGCUCCGACUGUGUCAGUGAACCGGAAGAGGCCAAUUUACAUUGUCCUUCAUGUUGGUAACAUUCAGAUUGGAGAGUUCACAGGAAAGGCAUCAGCUCCAGUAAAGAUAUAUGCAGAGAAAAUUUUCAUAGAAAUGGAGACAAAUGAAGGAGUUGGUUCCAAAACUGUUUCGCACCACUUCAGAAUUCCCUGUAAAGAUUUAACAGAAUGCAAGGCAAGUUUUGUGGGUUCCCCUUUACUUCUUGUUGCCAGACCAACGCCUGCUGGGGCAGCUGCCAUUUGUGAAAAAUGUAAGGAUCAAGGAAAAUUUCUAGACCCUGAAAGUCAAGAUACAAGAAAGAGGGACAUUGUUCUGGUGAUGAAUUACAAAGUGAUACCGAGAGACACUAAAGCUGACUUAAUUGAAUUGUUUCAGAACCGUUUUGCUGAACAGCUAUCGUGGAGUGAGCUGAGUUUAAAGGAAGCACAGGAAUUUUUCGACAAGAAGCAAGAUGUUGUUGUUCCUUGUGAACAGCCACAAAGUCCACAUCCACCAAUCACAGGAGGCCCAAACACAGAAGGCCCAAGCACAGGAAGCCCAAGCACAGGAAGCCCGAGCACUGGAAGCCCGAGCACUGGAAGCCCGAGCACAGGAAGCCUGAGCACAAGAAGCCCGAUCAAUUUAGAGCAAAGGAAAAUACUAACACCCAAAGGUAAAAAGCAUGCUCGGAAAAAGCUUCUCACAAAUGAAACAAAGUCUCCUCCGGCCAAGGAACCAGUAUCUCCCUCUAGUGGUGUAAAGCAGGCUGAAUCGGGAUGUCAGGCGGAAAAAAAUGACUUAGCAGAAAACGCCAUACUAACUCGGAGUAGACGAAGGAAGGCGUCAGAGGUCCUUAACAUGGACAAACCUGAAACAACUGGUUUUGAACCUGUCAAGCUGGACAUUCUUCUCCAUCAUACAAAAAUGCAGUCGCAAAUCACCUUACUGGAUCAGCACAGCAAGGAGCAAAGGGAGAACUUACAACAACACCAGAAGCUGCUUGAAAUAGAAAGGGGAAAGCUGCAGGAAAUGGAGGAAGAGAAAGAACGACAACUCGGGCGAAUGAGAGACUUGGAGAUAAGUUAUUCCACCGAUAGAGAACGUCUUCGAGUCUUAGAAAACACUGUAGUGGAAAAGGAUCGCGUCUUAGCACAACAAGCUGCUAAUUUAGCUAUGAUUAAUAAUGAACUAGAACGAGAGCGUGUUUCGUUGCGACAGCUUCAAAUAGAGCUCGAACAAGAGCGUGAAGCGGGUUCCCAUUUGCGCAAAGUUCAAAAUGAUCUUGUUCGUGUUCGUCGAGCGCUGGAUGAAGAGAAAACUGUGCGCGACAUGAGAGAGCAGCAACUGAGGGAGAAGGAGACAAGCUUGCUCGAAAUACAAAGAACACUGAGUGACGAACAGCAGGAAAGAUUAAGGCUGGAAGAGGAGCUGCGGCAAGCGAGAAAUGCCUGCACCCAGCUGGAGAGAAGUCUGGAAAGUGAACGGUUGUCGAGUCAGUCCAGUCAAGAAGAUAUUCAAACAAAGCAGGACACUAUUGCUGAACAGCUCGAUCUUUUACAGCAGGAACGCGAGGAGAAGAGAGAUCUGGAGGAAAGGUUAAGGAACCUGCAGAUUCAAGUGGACGAGGAGCGAAGCAGGCGUAUCUCAACGGAGAGAGAACUAGAUGAAGAAAGAAUGAUUGUGCAACAGAAUAGAGAGACCAUGGGGCGAGAGCGCGAACAGUACGAACAACGAAUCCGAGAGAGUGAACGAACCGCGUCCGAAAGCGAACGUCGACUGCGAGAAUUGCAAUCAGCGGUUUCUGUGGCGCAAGACGCCUUAGCCGAAUAUCGUCGCCUUGAGCCACGUGACUGGAUUAUUCGAAGAGAGGAAGUAACUCUCACUGAAAACAGUUUGGGUGUAGGGGCCUGGGGAAAGGUUUACGGAGGAACGUUUCGCGGUUGUCAAGUCGCGGUGAAACAAAUUCACGAUCUUAUUCUGUCACCGCAUAAUCGCAGACUUUUUGAGCGUGAAAUGAGUAUCGCAUCACGAUGCCGACAUCCUCACCUGCUACAGUUUAUUGGUGCGACGAAUGAUGAUGGCAGCCCUUUGUUUAUAACCGAACUACUCGAUACGGAUUUGAGGAGAGUUUUAGAACAGCGGGCUCUGCACCAAGAGGAGAUCAUCUGUCUCGCUUUGGAUGUCGCCAAAGGACUUAACUAUCUCCAUCUUAACAAACCUUUCCCCAUCAUGCAUAGAGACAUUAGCAGCUCAAACGUGUUGUUAUGGAGACGGGAUGACUGUUGGAGGGCAAAGCUUUCAGACUACGGAGCAGCAAAUUUCAUGCGCCAAUACAUGACAGUCAAUCCAGGAGCCAGAAUUUACGCUGCUCCUGAGGCCCUUACUUCCCAGCAAUCUCCAAAGGCGGAUGUGUACAGUUACGGUUUACUGCUAUGCGAGAUGUGCAUCAGAGAGCUUCCGGUUCCGCAACAGAUCCAUCAACAAAUAGGCCUGGUAACGAACGGUGUUCUCCGAGAGCUCAUCAUGCGGUGUGUCCUAACAGACCCUGAAACGCGUCCCUCUGUCAGUGACGUCAUCGCGGUGCUAACUCAGCAAUCGGAGUCCAUACGAGCGCUGGGACUGGUGUCGUUAAAUGGAAGAACAGCUACUUUAUGAAACCUUAUUAUGUCUUCGUUCUCACGAACUUGUUAGAGUAACUUUGAACUUUGGUGUAACACCGGUACAAUUUUCUUGGAGGGAAAUCUGUGCGUUUUUUAUUGUUUUAAAUAUCUUACCAUCUUAUUUAACGUUGAGUUUAUUUAUGAUU